AUGGAAGUUGAGUGGGCAUCAAAAAUUUUAGCACAGUUAUUAAUUAAAGAAAAGUGCUUAAAAGAAAAGUGUGUUAUUAAUUUAAUGAAAAAAUUUGGAGAUGUUAAUCAAAUUAUUCAACAUAUGAAUGAAAAAUUAGAAGUUCUUGGUUUUAUUGUUAAUAAUGAAUUAAUAAAUGGAGAAGAAUAUUUAAUAUUGAAUUGUGAAAAACUUAAAAAUCCAGGAGAUAAUUCGAGUGAAAAAAAUUCAAUUAAUGUUAAAGAUGAGUAUUUAUUUAACUCAAAAUUCAAAAAAAUUGAAAUAAGUUUAUAUUAUUUAAUUAUUGAUUACAUAAUUAAUAAUAAUAAAAACUUAAAAAUUGAUAAUGGUGAAAUAACUUAUGAAAGUUUAUGUCUAAAAUUGAAUAUAAAAAAUGCAAAUAUCCAAAAAUCAAUAUUAGACAAAUUAAUUUUUCAUAAUUGGUUAAAAAAUAUAGAUGAAGGAAAAUUGGCUCUAGGAAUUAGAUUUUAUACAGAUUUAGUAAAGUUUUUUCCUCUUAAUAAUUUAGAGAAAUGCUCAUUAUGCAAUAAUGCAAUAAUUGUAGAGAAUUCGAAAUGUAUAAAUUGUUUUUCAGUUUAUCAUCUUCAUUGUUUUAAUGCAUUAGCAAGUAAUUUGUCAUUAUGCUUUAUAUGCAAAAAUACUUUGUAA